GAAGAGUAUGAGUGAUCAUGUGACAGUACCACGUGACGUAAACAUGUCUGCGCCCACGUAAUCGUCAAAACAAAAGUAGAAGUAUGUCAGCUGAAGAUAAUUCGUCUUUACAGAGAGAUGAAAUAGAAGCUCUGUCUGCAAUAUAUGGUGAAGAAUGGUGUGUGGUUGAUGAAGAUCAUAGAAUAUACUGUAUAGAGGUAACAGAUGGGCAGACCAAGCCAGUUUGGACAGUUUGUAUACAGGUUCAUCUUCCAGAAAACUAUCCGAGUGAGGCUCCACCAGAAUACCAGCUUAAUGCACCAUGGUUACGUGGCGAUGAAAAGAGAAAUCUCGAGGCAGCUUUAGCAGACAUUUACUGUGAAAAUCUUGGUGAAAGUAUCGUUUAUCUGUGGGUGGAGAGAAUACGAGAAUUUCUACAAGCAAAAACAACUUCACCUGAUAGUAAAGAUGACGAAUUGCUGUUUGGUAUACGCCAGGUCAACUUGACAACAGAAGUAGAUCAUGGGGACGAUUUUGACCACAGUUUAGUGAUAGCAACAGAUCAUUCAGAUCACAUUUCUGAUCAAGGAGACGGCUGGGAAUGUCCUGAAAUUACACACGGAAUAUGUGUCACAGACAGGCGGAGUACCUUCCAGCCUCACUUAGCUCCGGUCUUUCAUAAGUGCCAGGUCAAAAUGGUACUUGAUAAGCUAUACGAGAAUAAGAAGAUUGCCAACGCUACUCAUAACAUAUAUGCAUACCGGAUAUGCCGGAAAGACGCACACUCUGUACUGCUGCAGGGCUGUGAAGACGACGGCGAAACACAUGCUGGAUCCAGAAUGCUACAUUUGUUGCAGAUUUUAAAUGCGGAGAACGUCCUGGUCAUUGUAUCAAGAUGGUAUGGAGGUAUAUUAUUAGGUCCGGAUAGGUUUAAACAUAUCAAUAACUGCACGCGGACAAUAUUGGAAGAGCGCGGAUACAUCAAGGAAAAGGGAGAAAAGAAAGGCCCAAAAAGUGGUGGAGAUAAAAAGAAAAGAUGACAGCGGUUUACUAGUAUCCAAUAUGAUAUAUGAGCCGUGCCAUAUGGCACGGCUCAAUUAUGCUGUUAUACAAGACUUUUUAAAUUCGCCCGCCACUGUGCUACAUAUUUGGUCAAAAAAGUGUUUGUUUCUCAAGUAUAAGGCUGGAGUUCCUAUACUCCGUCUCGGAAUAGUGAUUCAUUAUGUACAACCAUGAAAAUUGUGAAAAUAUUUUUUAACUGGAUACAAGAAUGGUUUCUGCGGCAACGACAACAAAUGCGUUUUUACAUAUAGACCAUUUGAUUUUGAUUUUUUAUGAAUGAGUUUUAUCAGCUUAAUACAGGUGUCGUUUUCAUAUAAUUUUCCAUUCUUCAAGGGUGAAAGUGUAUACAUCUACCAUUAUUGGUGAAUAGGAAGUGUAAAUUUAAGACAUGAUUAUAAUAUAUUACAGUAAACGUAUAUUGAAUUAUGUCAGCCAAAGUCUCAAUGGGCUACGCUUAUAAGCUUGGGGAAAUUUUUUAGCUUAUGACUGAUUUAUUGUCUAUGCAGCCCUCCACCACACACCAUCCCUUUGUUAUACGACUGUUCAGCGUCACCCAAAAGUGUGUACUUCUGACACCUGUUACAAACUUCGGCAAUGCAGAUGUCUAGAAUACUCCAACAAACCAAAGCAGAUAACAUAAAUUAUAAACAGAUUACUUAAAAGUUAAAAACACAGUUGUUAGGGGAUUUAUUGUGUUGUUGAUCUCAGAUUGUUGCAUUUUAUAUUUUUUUUGUUUAUGUUUAUUUUCCUUUCUUUGUUAGGGCUAAAGAAUUACAAAACAACUACUUUAGAAAAGUAUUUUGAUAAACUAAAUGGAUUAUAAAAGUUGUAAAUAUGUAUAAAUUUAGAUAUAUAGAAACAGUUGGUUGAUCAUGCAAUACAAAAGUGAACGAAG